GGAGCGGGGCGGCUUGCCGCGCGUGCGCAGGCGGAGUCCGCGGAGUGGUGCCGUGGCGGCAGAAGAGCGCAGCGCGGUCUGCCAGUCAGAGAUGCGUGACGUUCUGUUCUGAGGAGCGGCCAGCGGCGCAAUGGAGCGGGCCAGGGACCGUUUACACUUGAGACGGACUACAGAACAGCACGUGCCAGAGGUGGAAGUCCAAGUCAAACGUAGAAGGACAGCCUCACUGAGCAACCAGGAGUGUCACCUGUACCUGAGGCGAUCUCAGCAGCAGCAAGUACCUGUGGUGGAUUUCCAGGCAGAACUGAGACAGGCAUUCUUAGCUGAGACACCAAGAGGUGGUUAAAGCAGUAUUGGAACACCAAGGCUCCACCUACUAUUUGAAGCUUCUGCCUCAGCUUGCAUUGUUUGUAAGAGAACCUGCGUCAUACCUUUGUCUGUAGCCUUCCCUUAGGUCUUAAGGAUCCUGAAACUUUCCUGUGGACAUUGAAUUUGGUGGAACAGCAAUCAUG